AUGACUGCCACCUCAAUUCGAAAUCUUACGUUUCUAGACGGACUCAAUGAGAACCAAAGGGAGGCAGUGACGGCACCGGCCAGUGGCCGUCUUCAAAUAAUUGCUGGUCCAGGUACAGGAAAGACAAAAGUAUUGACUUCACGAGUAGCAUACUUACUCCUUGUUGAGAAGAUCAGACCAGAACACAUUAUUGUAACGACAUUUACCAAAAAGGCCGCUAAUGAACUAGUGGACAGGUUAGGAAGUUUGUUGAAAUCACACACCGAGAUCAAGGUGUCGAAUUUGCUAGUAGGUACAUUUCACAGCUUAUGCUAUCGCAUUAUCAAAAAAUUUGGUUCAAAAAUUGGUGUUAGUGGGUACACCGUAGCUGAUGAGAGAGACAAGGACCAUCUUUUGAGAGAGUUAUUGGAGAAGGACCUUUCUGGUGAGGCUAUUGGGUAUAUCAAGGAUGCACCUCGGGAGGAAAUCCUAUUUCUUGCAUCCAACAAAAAGAAUGAUAAAUACUAUGGGAUCGAUAUCAACAAGUUGAAGCGGCAAAUUUCAAAAUUGAAAUCGCAAGGGAUAUCACCGGAGAGCUAUACCAACGUGAAAGGUUGCAACAAAUGUUUGCAAUUAUUGUACAGUGCUUAUCAACUGAAACUCGCCGAAGAAAAGAAACUCGAUUUUGAUGACUGCUUACUUACGUGCUACAACUUGGUGACGAAAUUUCCCGUACUCCAUUUUGUCAAACACGUGCUUGUGGACGAGUUUCAAGAUACGAAUGAUAUCCAACUUCGUUUGAUGUAUCAAUUUGCCACGGGGAAUAUUACUGACCCUAAAUUUCAACAUAAUGUUACAAUAGUGGGCGACCCAGAUCAAAGCAUAUAUGCAUUCAGAGAUGCACAAGCGAAAAACUUUGGACUAAUGCUAGACCAUUACAAGCGACUUGAUUUGGCGUGUGGAGUUAUUGCAUUGAACCAAAACUAUAGAUCUACAAACGAUAUCUUGCAAGUUUCGGAAAAGUUGAUGAGACAACAACAGGAUCGACAAGUAAAGGAUUUAGUUUCUCAAUUCAAAGAUUCAGUUAAGCCAGUUUACAAAUGCUUGCUAUCUGCUAAACAAGAAGCUAAAUGGAUUGCGUAUCAAAUUGAAUUUUUGUUGAAAUUGCCACACUCAAUGAUUAAACCAAAUGACAUUGCAAUCUUAUUCCGUGCCGCAUUCCAAACUCGUGCCGUUGAGGCCGAGUUGGUUAAGAGAAAAGUCCCAUACUUUAUGAUUCGUGGCAAAGCAUUUUGGGAACGGAAAGAAGUUGUUUCAAUCAUUGAUUACUUGCGCGUUUGUGGUGAUGAAAAUGAUAGAAUAUCGAUUUUCCGCACGUUGAAUUUCCCUAAACGUGGAUUGGGGGACAAGACUCUUCAAUCGAUUGACGACAUUGUGAUGAGUGGUAAGCGAUCUGGAUUCACGGCAUAUCAAACGCUCAAGGCAUUGUCUAUGGAUAAGCUUUCCAGUUUGAAGUUACCUCAUCGAGCAAGAAAUAGUGUUGCCAAAUAUGUGCAAAUGAUUGAUGAAGCAAGGAAAAUAUUGAACAAGAUGGAACCGAGUUGCACGGAUCGUGAGAGGACCGCUUUUGCAAUUGAAUUAUUUGAGCUUGUUUAUCAAGAGUCUGGCUUAAAAGUUGAGUUUCUGUCUGACGAGGAGAAGGCAUUAAACAUUGAAGAAGUGAAGAAUCAAUUUGUUUCGUUUGAGCCCCAAGAUGAAACUUUCAUUGGUAACACUGACGACUCUCAAGCUAGUGAUGAUCGAAACUUUAUUGUUCAGUUUGUUGAAUCUGUUGGACUAUACGCCACCGAUGACAAGGAUGACGAGAACCUGAACAAGCCCAAAGUAUCCCUCAGUACCAUACAUGGUUCAAAAGGUCUUGAAUGGCCAGUAGUUUUUGUGCCUGGAUUAUCCGAAGGGUUACUACCUGCUGGGUUUGCCAUGUACGGAAGUGACUCCAAAGACGCGGUUGAUGAAGAGAGACGAUGCUUUUACGUUGCAUGCACUAGAGCCAAGGUGUUGCUUUAUAUAUCCGCCUACAAAGAAUCAGCUUCGUCGAGUUCUAGUUGGAGACAACAAAUAGAUAGCGAGUCGAGGUUUGUCACAAAGCUAAACGAUCUCAAAGCAUUUGAUACAGUGCAGACUGCAUUAAAAACGCCAAAGGGGUUCCAGAAGUUGUGCUCGAUGCUUGGAAUAACGUACGAUAGUUCAAUUGAUGGUGAAUUGGAGCAAUUGUUUCAAUCGUACGCCAAAAAUUGGGAUAUUUACUCAAAUGAUGACACAUUCGAGGCUACUAUACUGCCUGAAGAUGCCAUGUCGGUUGGAUUUGCAAAAGCGCUGGGGUUGAGUCAAGAUUUGAACUUGAAAAAGAGGAAACUAGAUUACGAAGCGGAGCCUUUUAUCAGACAGCAACCUAAACCACAAUCGCAACGUCAAGUGGGUGAUCUCAGAAAUGAUAGCUAUCUAGGUGAGGACCCGGUUGUGUUUUUGUCCAGCACCAAGAUUAAUAAAGCCCCCAACACCGGGGUAAACAAAGCUCCUAGUACCGCGGUAAACAAAGCUUUCAAUGCCAAAUCUAAUAAAGCUCCACCAUAUGUCCCCCAGCGCAGGCUGAAGUCGACGGCAUUAGGAGUGAAAAGGUGA